AUGCGUUCGUGGCAGAUCUGUCGACUCUUUCGCGACAUGGCAACGUGCUCAGCAAGCGCCGAGCGACUGCUUCUGGACAAGGACUGGAUCUCCAACGGCGAGGCGAGCUGCAGAGGUACCGGCAGCGGCGAGUCGUCUUGUGUGACCGAAGUACCGACGUACUACCCGAAUGGCUUGAAUGAGUUCUCGGUACUCGGCAUAGCCUUGGGUGUCCUGAGCGUUGUACUCUUUGGCGCUGUCCUCGGCCUCUACAUCAAGAAGAAGGACCGUCAGAUGGCAGCCUCGCGACCUGCGAUUGAAGCCACCGCAUGCUCGAGCAAGGACGGCGACGACGACGCUAUCGACGACGAUUUUCCCGUCUCUCGAGCCUCCAACUACGUGCGGGACGAUUCGUCCGACGACCACGAGCUUGCACGACGAGCUGCACUAGACGCAUAA